GGACCUGACCAGCCGUCUCCAUGAGCCCGGAGACCCGUUCCUGUCCCUGAUCGGCGGGACAAGCGAGCUGGGGGCUGAUCCGUCUCAGGGACAGCUCGUGCUGCCGUGCUCGACGGCGUGGGAUGGUCGAUGUCGUCGUGGGGUCUCCGGAUUGCGAUUCCUACCUCAGAGCACGGCAUUCUCUCUGUAUAUGAGGAUACUGGAACCGUCUUACCUAUUGCAAGAGUUAGUCGCGGUCACAGCCGUUGGAGAGUAGAAAAGAAAAGAUCUAGCCUGAUGGGCAGCCAGCCACUUCGCCCCCCCUGGACCAUAACCCACCAGAGGUAUGGCAUUGCCUCAAGGAACCCCUUCCUCCUUCUCAACUACCAACUUCGACUAUCUUAUCGUCGGCGGUGGGACAGCCGCUCUCGUCAUUGCCGCCCGCCUGAGCGCCAUUCCAGCCAUCACGGUAGGCGUGUUAGAGGCGGGCCCGAAAUCUUUCGCGGACCCAUUCAUCACGGUGCCUGGGCGCUUUGGCGAGGCGCUAGGCGGGCACUAUGAUUGGAAAUUCGAGACGGUCCCUCAGCCGGGCUUGAACGGGAGGAAGCUGCCGUGGCCGCGCGGGAAGGUCCUUGGAGGCACGAGCGCCGUAAACUUCAUGACUUGGACGAGGGGUAAUCGGGAAGACUACGAUGCUUGGGAGGCGCUGGGCAAUGCGGGUUGGGGGUGGGAUGGCACGUUGCCCUUUUUCAAGAGAACCGAGACUCUGCACCAAUCAAGCGUCGAGCACCAGCUCCGACACCAAUCACACUUCGCAGCUGAGCACCACGGCACGGAUGGCCCCAUCGCUACCGUUUACUCAACAGAAUAUUCCGUCCCGCACCAGCACUGGCACUCCACGCUAGAGACGCUGGGCCUGGAGACGAACAGAAGCCACUUCUCCGGGUCAAAUAUUGGCGCGUUCACCACGCUGACCAGCGUUGAUCCUACGGCACGGACGCGUGUCUCGUCGGCAACGGCAUACUAUCUGCCGAAUGCCGCACGGCACAACUUGCACGUGCUCGCGGAGGCCACAGUGCAGAGAAUUGAGAUAGAGCAAAGAGAUGGCGAGCGGGUCGCUACGGGCGUAGCAUACGCCUGUGGGGAUGAGACGUAUGUUGCGAAGGCUUCUUGUGAAGUCAUCGUCUGCGCUGGGAGCGUCCAAUCACCACAACUCCUCGAAUUAUCGGGCAUAGGCAGCCCUGAGAUCUUGGAGGCAGCCGGCAUUCCUGUCAAAGUCGCCAAUCUCAACGUCGGCGAGAACCUGCAAGAUCACAUGAUGACUGCCAUGAUAUACGAACUCGACCCAACACUGACCGGCCCCGAUGAAAUCCGCGCCUCCCCCGCCCUGGCAAAAGCCGCGCAAGAAACAUACGACAGCUCCCAAUCAGGCCCAUACACAAUGCUACCCUGCGCCCUCAGCUACGCGUCACUGCCCCAAGUCAUACCAGCUGCUACUCUUGAUUCCAUCCUCUCCCAUCUGCCUUCCCCCCAAACUCCGCGCGACCGUAUCCUCGCAAAGCAAUUCUCGUCCGCAAAACGCGGCCAAAUAGAAUACCUCUUCGACAUCGGCAACUGGUCGCCGUACUUCAAGCCCGAACAAGGCAAAGUCUACGGCACCAUGCUCAUGAUGCUGCAACUCCCGCUCUCAAAAGGCAGUAUCCACAUCUCCUCGCCCUCCAUCCACGACAAACCGACCAUCGACCCGAAGUACUUCGCCGGCCCCGGCGGAGAGCUAGACUUCGCCAUCAUGGCGCCGACGCAGCGCUUCGCGGACAAAAUAUGCCGCACUGCGCCACUAUCCAGCAUCAUCCAGCGCCGGGUCUUUCCGCCGGAAGAAGCCCCAGAAGAAGACUUUGCGUCCUGGGUCCGCGAUACUGCGGUUACGGAUUGGCAUCCUAUCGGGACGUGUGCGAUGGGCGGGCAUGGGGGGAUUGAGACGGGGGUCGUGGAUGAGAGGUUGAGAGUAUAUGGGGUGAAGGGGCUGAGGGUUGCGGAUGCGAGUAUCAUGCCGCUGCAUAUUUGUUCGCACCCGCAAGCUACGGUAUAUGCGAUAGGGGAGAAGGCUGCGGAUUUGAUAUUGGAGGAUCGGGGAUUAUGACGGGCGGGUAUGGUCAUGGGAAGAGAUCAUGUGCGUAUAUGCUGCUUCAGGACUUAUUUUAGACAGUGACGGUCGAUUAUCGAGUGCCAGUUCGGCGGCAUGUUUACAUUAUAAGGAGGGAAGGAUCGAGCCUAUUCAUAAG